UUAACAUGAUUCGAAACUUGCUGGUUCUUCUAUUUUUAAUAUUCCACCAAUUACUGCCAGUGUAUACAAGUGAAGAAAAUUUUAAUGUUUUCGACAAAAUUAAAUCAGGUUUCAAGAUGGCUGGCGAUUUCUUCUCGAUGGACCACGCCGCUAAAGUCGCUAAUUUAGUUAGUAACGCUCUAGGAAGUAAACCAUCACCACCGAAACACACAGAAGGCACUAAUAAUAUAUUUUCAGGAUUUCUAAGAUUGUUUGGAUUCGAAAAUAAACAAAUAAGUGCAAUAGCAGUUAAUGCAAUUAUUCUUAUAGCCCAAUUGAUUGGUACAUCAUUAAAUCCACCAUCAAAAAUCGAACCAAAGCAAAUGAAAGAAGAUACUCCGUUUGACUGGAUGUUAAACAACAGCGUCAUAUCAAAUCUUUUAUCAGAUACUCAAGAUCAAAAACUACCUGAUAAAGUUAUCGACUACGUCACAGACAGAAGUCUCGAUGAAGAAACGGGAUGUGUUCAGCUGCUGCUUUGCAAGAUGAAACCGUUUAUCAAAGAGAUGCAAAGAGCGCUGAGGGAAAGAGGCAAAAGAAAGUUAAAAGGAUAUGGUAUUUUGUUUGAGUAUUUUCCUUCUGCUGAAGUUAUUGCCGAUAAUGGGGACAGAUGCGAUGAAAAAUAUUAUUAUUGUACUAUCCCUAUCUAAGUUUUAACUGUAAAAAAUGUAAUUUUAAAUGUAGUU